AUGUCAGAUGUUGAAGAUUCUUACAACCACCAACUUUUAAACACAAAAUACGAGCUCAGAAAACACAGUGGUACGCACCCUGUUACUAUGCACACAUUAUCACAAUCACCUGCCACCCCUCGCCCAGUAUCUUCCUGCUUCUCAAUGACUCCAACGUUAUCACCUCUCAUCUUGGAGCUGAUUAAUAAAAAGAAAUGCUAUACUGUAGAGACACAAGCCGAUGACGACUGCCUUAGAUCUAAAGAUCAACUUCUGGCUAGAAUAUCCGAAUUAACUGACAGACAGUCUAGCUUGAUCUCGUAUAUCCAGGAAUUAACAAGGCUCCUGGAGAUAGCAGAAGAUACACCUAAUAAAAGUACAGCUAAAUCAGUAACGUCAGAACCAAGAGAUAUAGCCACUUCGCAGCCUAUAAAUGAGUCUCUUCCUGCCCUACGAGAAAUACCCAAAUUAUCCAACCGGGUCACUAACAGCAUGAUGUCUUCGACGCCUGCCUCAGCUCCUAUGAGGAUGGACAAUGGAACAACUCUUCCUUCUCCACCAGUAUCCAUGCAACAGUAUGACACCUACUCUAAUGCCCUCAAGACCACCUGCAACAGUAGUCAUGCGGCUGCGACGGAGCCCUGUUAUGCACCACCAAGCCUUUCCAUAGAAGAAUUUAGUGAUUUCCUUGACCGGCUGACCGAGGAUGCGAAGCAGCAUUACACAGUGGCAAUAGCCGAAGACUUCAACUCCUGGGCGGUCGAUUGGGACAGAAAGGAGACGAAUGCAAGAGGCAGUGCACUACUGGAUGUCAUCGCUACACUAGAUGUGGUUUUGCUUAAUAAUGGCGAUACUCCAACAUUCAUCAAAGGAGAGGAAUUCAUCUACCCGGCAGUGCAGUGCGAAACGAAAGAUAUCCCGCCUGUAACGGAGAAUGAACUGAUGGCAGCAUGUGAUAGAAUAGGGAACAAUAAAGCACCAGGUUUGGACGGAAUCCCAAACAUCACCUUAAAAAAAACUAUAAAGGCAUUGCUAAAGUUGUUUUUGGAAACCUAUGACUCAUGCCCUAGAGAAGGGACGUUUCCUCGUAAGUGGAAGCAGCAACGACUGGUACUACUUCCCAAGGGUAAAAAGCCCCCGGAUGAACCAUUAUCUUACAGACCGCUCUGUAUGCUGGAUACAGUGGGUAAGAUACUGGAAAGAAUAAUACAUAAGAGGGUUGAAAAGGUAGUGGACCAGCUCUUGGCUGACAAACAACAUGGCUUUCGGAAAGGGCGGUCAGCCUUGGUUGCGAUCAACCUUGUUGUCACCACUGCUAAAGAUGCGAUCGCGGGGACCCAAUGGAAGCGUGGUACGAAGAAGUACUGCUUAGUGGCUGAUUUGGACUUUCAAAAUGCCUUUAAUUCUGACAUCUGGGAUAUCAUCAUGCGAGCCCUCGAAGAGAAACGUGUACCAGGAUACCUGUGUUGA